UUAUUAAACUAGUGAAUGGAACCGAGAACAAGAAUCAACUCCACCACGUUAGCGGCGGCGGCGCUUGUGUUCCUGCUGUGCGUGGCGAUUCAGGCGCUGGAGUCGCAUGCGGUCGACGCGUGUGGUAGUGCUGGCGUGUGCGCGUGCUCGGGCACUACGGUCGAUUGCUCCAACCGAGACCUCGAUCUCGGGGACAUUCCCAGCGGUAUUCCGGCAAAUACAACAAGUCUAUUGCUUGGCAGCACCAAGAUAACCACCAUUUCCGCGAGUAACUUUGCAGGCCUUACAGCGCUAACGUAUCUGUCCCUGGAUACCAAUCUCAUGACCAGCAUUUCCGCAAACACGUUUAGCAACCUGGUUGCGCUGAAGGAGUUAACCAUUUGCUGUAGCCCAAUCACCUCUAUUUCUGCUCAGGCCUUCAAUGGACUAUCUGAGUUGACAUCCUUAUCAAUCCACAACAACCUGCUCACCACCCUUUCUGCAGGGACUUUGAACAGCUUUUCUUUCUUGUCAUUCCUUGACCUUCGCGGCAACCAAUUCAGCACCUUCCCUACGGCCGCCUUUGCCGGGCUUGAUUGGCUGCGUACCAUGUCCAUUGGGGACAACCCAUUCACGACCAUUCCUGCAGGGAGCUUUAUCGGGCUGGCCGGGCUGUGGACCUUAGACCUGAGAGGCAGCUCAAUCAGCAGCAUUGAAGCAAACUCCUUUACCGGGCCGACUUCGCUGCGAGCAAUCUACUUGGCCGAUUGCCAACUCACCAGCAUUCCUGCCAACGCCUUUACCGCGUUGACCGCACUCAAUUAUCUGUGGCUGUACAUGAAUCGACUCACCAGCAUUCCUCCGGGAGCCUUCACCGGCUUGACCGCACUGCAGAUCUUACACCUGUUCACCAAUCAAAUCACAAGUCUUCCUGCGAACCUCCUGACCGGGCUGACUGCACUUAAUACUGUGAGCUUGCACACCAACCCGUUUACAACCUUGCCACCUGGUCUGUUUCAAGGCUUGCAAAAUACUCUCUAUUUGACCCAAAAUUUGGGAACUGUCCUCGCGCCCAACAACUUCACCUUUGGUGGGUCCACUGUGGCUCCUCCCAGCAUGUAUGGCAGCGCGUCAACACCGUCCAAGUGUGAUACAGCUUGCGCCACCUGCUUUGAUGCCGGCUCUGGUUCAUGCUGUGGAGAGAACUGUCUGGCAUGUAGUUCAUCCGCCGUGUGCACGCAAUGCUACGAAGGUUACGGUGUGUUGAAUGGCAUGUGCGCUCCGCUGGCUUCCGUCGCUUCGGAUUCAGUCGCCUCCGUUGCGUCUGCCGCUUCAAGUAUCUCGGCGGCAGUUGCUUCGGAUUCAGUCGCCUCGGUUGCCAGUGCUGCUUCAAGUGUCUCGGCGGCACGUGCUUCCGCCACAUCCGCUUCAGGUGCUUCUGCCGCCUCGACUGCUACUGCUUCACUUGCAUCUAUAUCCAGUGCUUCGGUUGCUUCUGCUGCUUCUACUGCAUCGACUGUCGCGGCCUCCGUUGCAUCCGUCGCGUCCGCAGCGUCAGCAACGGUCGCGAGUUUGGUUUCUAUCAGCUCUUCCUUGUCGGCGUCGGUCGCUUCCAUUGCCUCUGCCUCUGCCGCCUCAGCGGCGACUGAAGCCUCGACAUCCGCUGCUUCCUUUGCGUCGGUUGCUUCUGUCGCGUCAGCUGCGACUGCCGCUUCGGCGUCCGCGGCCUCGGCUGCCUCCAACGCCCCUCUGGAGAAUUCCGACAGCUCGUCUCCAGCGGCUGCAAUCGCUGCUGCUGUUGUAUCAGUUGUGGCUGUCGCCCUAAUUGCUCUCGCCGUCUUUUUGGUUCGACGUCGGCGUUCGCGACAACGCUCAGUCGCGCAACCAAAGGACCAAGAAACAUUGGAACUGACCAUCUCGCCUCUCCCCAAGUCCAAUUCCAAUUCCAAUUCCGAUUCCAGUCCACCUCCCAAAAACGACGACAACUCUGGCUACGACGUGGUUGAUCCAGUGCUGCCAGAACCCACGUAUCAACCCUUCACAACAACUCCCGCGAAGAACGAUGAUCUGAUCGACGACUACGACUAUACGGUGAUCGACGACUAUACCGCCGUCUAUGUCGCAGGUAGUAAUUCUAGUCGCGUUCGUGAUGGCUUGACCAUUUUGAAGCAUCUUGCCAGUGGUAACUUUGGCGACGUCGCACUCGGUCAAGUGCCGUUCAGCGUCCUGCCCCAACGAGCACAAGCCUUGCUUGGACGCAAAGCUUCGUCUGAAACCGUUCAAGUUGCAGUCAAGUCUCUGAAGUCUGACGCAGACGAGAAAUCCCGCAAGGACUUUGAAAGCGAAGCGAAACUGAUGGCCCCGUUCGUGCAUCAGAAUGUCGUGCGGCUGCUUGCGGCACUUGUCGAGUCAGAGCCCCAUCUCGUACUGCUCGAGUUUGUGCAGUAUGGCGAUUUGCGCACGCUGCUGCAAAAGUGCAAGCUCCACUCGUUUUGGUGGACGCAGAACGAGCAGGUGCAUGCCAUUCGUCAGAUUGCACUCGGCAUGGAGUACUUGGGCACGCUCCACUUUGUACACCGCGACCUCGCCGCACGCAACUGUCUCGUGGGGCAGGGAAUGGUGGUCAAGAUUGCCGACUUUGGGCUUUCUCGCGAGCUAGAAGACGAGAAUGACUAUUAUCGCAUGCAAACGCGCGGCAAGCUUCCUGUGAAGUGGAUGGCGCCGGAAACAAUGACCUUCCGCAAGUUUUCGGCCUUGUCGGACGUGUGGUCUUUCGGCGUGACGGCCUGGGAAUGCUGUAGUUACGGCGAACAGCCGUACGGCAAGUUGAGUGGUCGUGACACUCUUGCUCACGUGGAGGCUGGCGGUCGUCUGCCCAUGCCAGAAAACUGCAUGCCCGAGCUCUACAACAUGAUGAUGACUUGCUGGAACGUGAUACCAGAGUUCCGACCAAGCUUUUCGCAGCUCGUCAAGGUGAUGUCAAGUUUUGAGGAUGGGACGACCAUUCGCGACAUUGGCGCCAAGGUGUGACACUAUGUUCGACGCUUAUUUUAAACAUUUGUGCAUUGCGCAUCUCGAG